AUGAGAUGCGAACUUUAUACUAACAACAUAUAUAGUCGAAAAGCAGAUCUGAGAGUCUUUCCCAUGCUUUGCUUCAUCUUCGGCCUCUCCCUACUCGAUCGAACGAAUAUUUCAUCUGCAUACAUUGCAGGUCUAGCAAAGGAUUUGCAGCUCGCUGUCGGAAGCCGAUAUAACAUUGCAUUGUUGAUCUUCUUCAUCGGUUAUGCGCUCUUCGAGCUACCAUCAAACGUUGUCAUUCGACGACUUGGAGCACGAACAUGGCUCUCUUUCCUCAUUGUAGCAUGGGGUGCAUGUGUGCUAGGCAUGGGUUUCGUUCAUGACUGGAAGAUUCUCACAGUUCUGCGUGCUUUACUGGGUGUCUUUGAAGCUGGAUUGUUCCCCGGAGCAGUUUACAUCAUCGGAUCGUGGUAUCGUCAGUUCGAGACCGCGAAACGUGUCUCUAUCUUCUACAUGGCCGCGCUGGUUACAUCCGCUUUCGGUCCUAUCUUUGCGUAUGCACUAUCUUGUAUCCGUGUCGGAGAUGGCAUGUACCGCUCCGGUUGGCGAUGGAUCUUCAUCAUCGAAGGCAUCGUCACCAUCGUCGCAGGUUUUGCCGCGCCUUUCUUCCUUAUCGAGUUCCCCGAGAAGGUCAGCUUCCUGACCGAUCGUCAGAAGCAUAUCGCCAUUAGCCGCGUCAGUCUCGAACAAUCCGGCAAGCAGACCGAGCCGCCCACAUUCAUGGAUUCGCUCAAGAUGCUCGUGGACUGGAAGAUCGGCGUGUACUGCAUCCAGUACUUCGUCGCCGCGUCCUCCGUCUACUCCCUUGCCUUCUUCGCCCCCAUCAUCCUCCGACAAGGCAUGGGCUUCUCCUACGUCGAGGCCCAACUCCUCUCCUCCCCACCCUACAUCUUCGCCAUCAUCGCCUCGUUGGCUUGUGCUUGGCUCUCCGACAAGAUCAAGCUCCGCUACCCCAUCCUCAUCGGCCAGUCCGUCUCCGCCAUCGUCGGCCUCCUCAUCGUCCUAUACUGCAAACCCCCCGGCGUCAGGUACUUCGGCCUCUUCCUCGCGACCUUCGGCACCCAGGCCAACGUCCCAGCCACCCUGGCAUACGGAAACAACCAGACCGCGCGAGUCCAGAAACGCGGCGUUGUCGCAGCCGCGAUGAUCAGUGUCGGUGCCGCGGGCGGUAUCACCGGCUCUACCAUCUUCCAGGCUAAAGAUGCUCCGCUCUACCUCCCAGGCAUGUGGGCGACCAUCGCCAUGCAGAUGCUCUACUCCAUCAUCACAUUCGCCAUGUCGAUGCACUUCAAGCGCCAGAACAAGUUGGCGGAUGAGGGCAAGAGGCCGACGCUUGAGGGCGUCGAGGGAUUCCGAUAUGCGCCGUAG